AUGAGAGGAAUGUUAAAAGGUAAGACAGUGGCGAGAAACUCAAACUCUUAACCUGAAGUAUUUUUACUGUUUUGUAGCAGUAUAACAUCAUUUUUAGAUGUAAAUAUUAACUUUGUGCUAUUGAUGAGCAAACAGGAAAUAGAAAAUCUAGAGGCAGCAGAAACAGCUAGUUAGCUAGCCUUUAAUUCGCGUGUCGUGUUACUGCAGUGAAAAUGAUGUCUGGGGCGCUCAGAUAUCAAUGCGACUUAUUAAAGUAACCAACUGCGUCACAGCUUUACUGCGGUAACGUAUAAUGCAUCAAAUGAAAACUCCUUAAACCCGGACUCCAGGUAGACAGUAUCAACUCUAGAUUAUCACCCCUGAUGUGACAGUUUGGCACUAAACUGGGUAAUGGCAAUGUCCAGUUACCAAGUCGGGAAAAAGCAAAAUCGGAGGCGGAAACAAGAUGGUUACAUCUACGAAAGUUAUUUUAGCGCUCGUCUUGUCAGAAUAUAAGCAACUUCUGGACAAAUAUGCGGUCCUUCUGCAACAUCUUGUUUCCGCCUCCGAUUUUGCUUUUUUCUGACUUGGUAACCGAAACGCUGGUAACUCGGGUGUGACGUCAUUCCCAGCUCGGACAUCUGACUUACAAGGUAACUUGAACGCAGCAUUAAUAACAGCUUUUCAAUGAAACACUGAAAAAUACGUUCAAAAUAAACUACAACCAUGUACAAAAAUGCACAAAGUAAACCCAAUAUAUUACAGUCUCUGAAGAUAAAAGUACCUGAAUGCAGAUGCUGAUGCAGUUAUCCUCUCAGUCUCCUCCAGUUGCUGGUUCAAGUUUUGGUACUUCUUCGUCCAGCAGCAUCUUUCUGCUGUAUUUUUCCUGGAUUAAAAGCUGUUGCAGCAUCUUUCUCCUCCUCCUUAAACCCCCGCCGCUCUCUUCAAUUUAGGAUUAGCGUUCUUUGCUUUGGGCAAGCUGUGGUCCUCCUGGCAGAGUUGUCAUUUCACUGUGGUGUUUUUUUCCUCAUCCCUUUUGCGCAAAGUAAAAACUGUCCGUCUAACUUCAUAUAAUUAUUACGGUUCCUCCAUUUACAGAAAUUUCAUGCUUGGGUUUCAGGAUUUUGGGGAAACGGUAUUUCAAAAUACUUCAUCAAAUGAGGUCACAGUGAACAAAAAAAGGAGGAGGGGUUCUUUUCCAGAGUUUUUGUGGCUUGAGAUGCAACACAGAAAUGCAGUGAGUAUAUACAGUAUGCUUACCAUGAAUAACCCCCAGCUUCUGUGUGUGUGUGUGUGUGUGUGUGCGUGUGUGUGUGUGUGUGUGUGUGUGUUUGUUCUCAGAAUGUGGGUUGAGUUGAUUGACAGGGAGGUUGCAGCCUUACUGGCUUCUCAACAACUCCAACAUCUGUGCUGGUGGAAGGACGAACAAAGAAGAAAGCUGCUGAAUGGUACAGUGUGUAUGUGUGUGUGUGUGUGUGUGUGUGUGUGUGUGUGGGGGUGGUUUGGCACACAUGGUCACUGCAUCUGUCUUCUUCUCUUUUACACACACACACACACACAUACAUCACGUCUGUCUUCCUCUCCUGUCCCAGCAGGCCUUGCUGUGGGCCGACAGAGUGGACGCCGCCUGCUGAUCAGGUCUGUCCGUUGGGUCCUGGUGGUGAGUUGCACAUCCAGGCCCCUCUGUCAUGGCGUAGACGUCAGGAUGACGGGGUCUCCAGGGGUUCCUCUGGUGGGGCUCCACAUCUGGGCUCACUGGAGAUUAUUCAUCCUAAGUGUCUGUCACUCUUUUUAUUUAAAGGUUUUAGUUUUCAUGAGGCAGAUCUAGAUGCUGAUGCCGGGGUAGAGAAGAAAAAAAAACAUACAGACUUCAAGCAGCGACCGUAAGACUCAUCAAAAGCCAAUUCAAGACCUCGAAUUGCUCCACUUAACAUCUUGAAAAACUAAAAUGGUUGUUUGUUACCUUAAAAAAAAGGUUUUUUUUUACAUGUUGAAAACAGAAGCCAUCGUCCUCAUGAGACCGUUUCUUGAAACGUCUUCUGCUUCUGCCAACAUCAAACACUCAGCCGUUCCUUAUUCACUUUAAAGUCUCCUCCAAGGCACAAGCUAAUCGGGAUUGACCCCAGCAUCUCCCGAAAGCAGCCCAACACAACUUAGCAUAACAGUUAAUAAUACAUAGAGCCAUUACAGGGGAAAUUGUAUUCUUCCCGCCAGCCGGAGGAAUGAAUAACUCCAACUGAAGUGCAACUCAGAUCAUCUGAUUGACAUUUAACCCUGUCAUCUCGGAGCGCUGAGGGGUAAUCAAUAAAUUAGUGACACGGCAUCAGAUCUGCGUGUUUUAAUUGCUGAGCUGUGCAUUAUUUAUCCAUCAGAAUUCGACAAGCAGGGAACGGACUCCAGGCGUUGAUUACGGAGCUAAAGACUGAUCACAGUGAAUCCAUGAUCGGAUGCUCUGAAGCGUCUCCGCCGCUGCUGCUGGACGAGAACAGCUCCUCUCAGAAUGAAGAUAUGGGAAAGAUCAUGGAGUGGGCUGCUGACGUUGAACUUUUUAAUCCAAACCGAGGAGGAAAAAGUGAAUGUUCAGGAUUUUGA